GGCUGCUGCUGCUGCUGCUGAUAGUGGCUGAGGCCUAAUAAUGCUGCCUGCGCUAGGCCUCUGCUACCAGGAGGGGGAGAGAGAGGAGGAGGCGCCAUGAUAACCGGUGCAUCCUGGGAAAUAAACCAACAUGGGGAGCAGCUCCAGGCUCACCAUGCACCUCAUCCCCACGGAGUAAGAGCCUGAGGUUACCCCCUCCUCCGCCACCGCCAUCACACGACCCCCCCCCCGCCUCUCUGCCACCCCACGGGGGACGAUGUGAGGGGCUGGAAGCGAGGAAACGCAGCCUCGUCCCCCCCCUACCCCCCGCCUCUCCCGGAUGAUGGACAGGAACUACCCGACUCCCACCUUCACCGACCCGCUGGCCCCAGCCUCCACCGCCGCCUGGGCCUACGAGCGGAGCGCGGCCGGGAUCAAGCCCAGUCUGGGCUAUGGAGCUGGGCACCCUUCACAUUCAGAAACGGAGCUCCUACACAGGCAGACCUAUGCAGCUACCCACCAGCUACCCGGCUAUGCUACCACGCACCAUCCUACAGGUCUGUCUGGACUUUUCGACACCAGUCUCCACGUGGCUGGUGGUAACACUACAGAAACAUCAGUGAUGAACUUUCUCUCUGCAAUAGAGUCUCGGACGGCACAGGCGGCUUCAUCCGGCACAACCCUCCUGCCACAGUUCAGGGCUCCAUCAUGGCAAACUGAUUUUGACUCUGUUUCGUUGUUUCCAGGCAUGCAUUCCUCGACAGCCACAGAACUGUUUGUUACCGGAGCACUGCAAACUUCUGGGACAUUUCCAACAUCUGCUCUUUCAGCCUAUCAGCACCCAAAUACAUUCAGCUCUAGGAACUUUGCCACAACCCCAUCUCUAACCUUGCAAGAUGGAACUUUCAGUGCUUCAACCAAUGGUCUGCUUUCUCCCCAUGACCCUCUGCUGCAGAUCAAGACUUCACAAACUCCUACUGCCUUGACAUUUGAGCGUCUGGGCAGCGCGGUGCUUAGUACCAGCAUACCACAGUCGUCAACAUAUCGGUCUGCCCAGGAGUCUGCACCACAUCUCUUGCAGCCCCAGUUCAGUUUGUUGCCAUCUGCACUUGGUGGGACCCAGCAGUCCGCUCAGCCAUAUAGUACAUCGGUUUUCACUGGUUCUACAGCCUCCAUUGAAAGAGCACUUCAGAGGGAAUGUAGUGUUAUAAAACACCAUCAGAGGCCUUCUAGUACGCAGUCUGUACAGGCUCAGAUAUCUGGUACUCAGCAUUCCUUACAGAAUUAUUUAGUAACUGCAAGUGGGGCUGCUUUGCAGGACUCAUCCAGGCAGUCUUCUCUGUUAUGUGCUCCCCUUGGAGCUCUUACUCAGGUGAGCAAUGGGGGACCAGUGCAGAAAACUCAAGUUUCUGUAGAGUUAUCUCAAUCUUACCCAUCUGUCAUACCAUCCCCUGGCUACCCUCCCUCUUCUACAAAAACAAAAAAUUGCCCUACAAAGGCACCACCAAGGUCCUCAAAGACCCCAAAAUCUCAGAGUGUAGCUUCUCCUGGGCAGACCCAAAGUUAUACAAAGUCUUCUCAGAACCAGAGUUCUGUCAUUUCAAGCCAAGCACAAGCCUUCUCCUCAGCACAGCUAAGUAGCCUUUUGCCCGUAAGUCAGUCCCCGAACUAUGUUUCAACACAGUCCCCAAACCUGCCAUCUGCUAGUCAGUCUCAAGUCUUUUCAACAAUCAAAUCUGAAAAGCUGCCUCCACUGUACAAACCACUGACCGCAUUCUCCAGCCAAUCACAAACCAUAACCUCCGGCAGCCAGACACUAAGUUACUCAUCAGAUCAGCCGCUUACACUGUCUUCAGUUUCAAGCGAUAACUACUCUGGUCAGACGCGAGAUAUGUCUUCAGCUAACCAGACGCAAAGUUAUUCUUCCAGUAACACUCAGGGCUUAACUCCGGUCAGUCAAUCACAAGUUAGCUAUUCAUCUCAAUCACAGGUGAUGUCGCCAGUAAGUCCUUCGGAGAGUUAUAAUUCAGGACAGAACCUACCACUAGCAUCUCCAUCUCUUCCUUUUUCUGCUUCCUCUCGCGGACAGACUAUGCCUGCCUCGAGUCCCACUCAAAACUACAUUUCUAUGCAUUCAUCACAAAAUUCGCAAGACUCCACUUCCCCACAAUCACAAAAGUUUUUGCCAACUGUUCCAUCGCCCUCGUUUUCAUCCCCGCCUCACUCACAAUCAUUGCAGAACAGUCGGACAUCUGCAGACUCCAAAUCGUAUGUGAAAAGAAAAUCUGAAACCAAUAUGUAUGCCCCUGUAAAACAAGAGGACAAAUUUCAGAUUCAGGAAUUACAGGCAUUGCAGCAGCAAACGAACAUUGAGUCCUCUACACAAGGACUAAAUGAUGGAGAAAUAAGUACGCAAGAGACUGCAUACAGCGUUUCAAAGGCUGAUGACCGUUAUUCCCAAAGUGUUAUCAAGAGCAAUUCUCGUAUGGAAGACCAAGUUCUUGGCCUUCAAGGACCUAAAAAAGAUGAGCGAAUGAUGAGCCCUGUGGGACACAUGUCACAGCAUGUAGCCCACAUAAACCAUGCAACGGGCCACGAUGCUAAAAAGUCUACGGAUUUGAUACAGUCUACACAAGUAAGUGCUAAAGACUUGAGUCAGCAUAACAUGUUGCACAAGGUCCACGAAACAAAGCUCCCGGAGCAGCCAAGCACGUCCCCUCAGCUCCAAGCUGUAUUGAGGCACCCUCAGCAUCUACAACUACCAGGCUCACAGGUACUUCUAGAUUCAGAUCUGCAAAUCUUUCAGCAGUCUAUUUUACAGUCCAACCUAACGCAAGCAAAGCAACCCACAUCAAUGCAACGGAUACAGAGUCCGCAACAUGUAGCACACCAGUUCCUUCAAAUGGAUGGUCACAUUAUACAGAGCAAUGGGGGGCAGCCUCAGCAGUCGCUCCACUCUCAAGGCUCGGAUGUAAUAAAGAUGGACACCUCCGAUGGAAAGCAUUUGCAGCCACACUUGCAUUCUAAAGAUUUUGUCCAGAGAGCUCGGAUGGACUCAAAGAAUCAGUUUGACGCUAUGAACCCAAUGUGCUUUUCAGAGACCAUGUUGCUUAGUGAUGAAAGGAACUUUUUGUCUCAUGUUGAUGACAUAUUAGCUGCUACAGCCGCUCAAGAGUUUGCCAAGUCUUCUAGCGGGGAUGAUUUAUCUGUAAAAACAGAGGACUCCAAAUCUCGUUUUCAGUCCCUGAAUAUGAGAAAUAUGUCUACAAACUUCACACCUGCAAAGCAACAGCAGCAUAAUAUAAAUACCCUUGCAUUAAAUGGUGGCCAAACCGCAAUAAACCUUUCUACCGUAUCUACAACUCAUUCCAAAAAUGUCAGUCUUGAUCAAAAUCGCAUUCAACCUUUAGAGCAAGAUUUGCCAAGUGGCAUGGGUUCACCGGUGCUAGGGACCAGCCAAGACGACCAUGAGAAGAAUUCCGAAAUAAAUAAGCAACAUGAGCCUAAGGAUGGCAAUGAUGUGUCCGAAGACGGCAGGGAGUCAGAGUUCUUGGCCAGUGCUAAAAGCCUCAGUGAGGAGAGUGCUGCAUCUGAAGGAGACUUUAUCAUGGGCAGAGGGGAAAACUCGUCAGUUGCUGGUCAUGUUCAAGGCCAGCAUAUGUUAAAACCUGAUCCGCAAGCAGGAGGCGGCUCCAGUGGCCAAAUGGAGGAAGACUGCCAAGAUCUAGCACAAGACGGGUUCCAAAAGAGCAAAGCGAAAGAUAAGAUGCCAAUGAAACAUUUUGGAGAAGAUGAAAAUGCAAAUCUCAAGCAAAUGAAGCGGAAUGUACAAAUGAAACGUCCUCUACCGAAAGGCCCAGAUGCAGGGAUGCAGUAUUCAACUCAUGUUUCUGAAGGGUAUUACGAUACCUACCAGCACCAGGAAAGGAUGAGGCAAAAAAUAAAAGAAGUGGAGGAAAAGCAGCCGGAGGUUAAGACUGGCUUCAUAGCAUCUUUCUUAGACUUUCUAAAGACUGGACCAAAGCAACAAUUUUCAACUCCUGCCGUGCGUGUUCCCAACCGAAUAAGAAGGCCAUGUACCCCGGCAGUGAAGUCACCGUGCCCAGGUCCACUUUCCCAGAUACAGUCUCCUGGAUCUGAGGUUGGUAGUUCUCCUAAAAAGCCUGAGGAUGAAUUUAAGAAGAACUUGGAGGCACUGCCCUCCUUCUCGUCUGAUGAUGAUGAUGAUUCUGUUGGAGGAAACAAUGAUCUGCAGAAGAGCAUCUCCACAGCUUUGUCUGCUUUGGAUGAGAAUGGAGAGAAGAAGAAUAAAGCCGGCGACAAGACAGCAGCUUCAGGAAAGCAGGACUCUCCUCCUGUAUCUUCCCCAAGGAACACUCAGGAUAAGUUGAAAGGGGAUGCACAGAAGACCCCACAGAGUGAGCCCACCCCAGCCGAGCCGCUCGCCAAGUCGCAAGAUUGCAUCGCAAUUGAAGGUUUCACGGACGAUGAAAACCUGGAAAGUGGGGGGGAGGGAAUUUACCGGGAGCGUGAUGAGUUUGUGGUGAAGAUUGAAGACAUAGAAAUGCUAAAAGAAGCAUUGCAUACUGGCAAGGAACCCCCAGCUAUAUGGAAAGUGCAGAAGGCCUUGCUUCAGAAAUUUAUUCCUGAAAUACGGGAAGGACAGAGAUCAUUUGCAGCCACAAACAGUUAUCUUGGCUACUUCGGAGAUGCCAAAACGAAGUAUAAGCGCGUGUACGUGAAGUUUGUCGAGAACGCUAACAAAAAGGAGUACGUGAGGGUUUGCUCCCGAAAACCCAAGAGCAAGGUUGUUCCAGUUCCCAGUCGGACCACUCACACAAAGGUCAAUGCGAGUAACAAAGCCGCCUCCGAAACUCCGCCGCCGAAAAACGCUCCACCAAAAGUGGCCUCUGCAAAACCAAAAGCCAAACAGCCGAAGGCAAAAGCGGAACCUCCACCAAAGAAGAGGAAGCAGUGGAAGGAGGAGUUCUCAUCUUCUCAGUCAGACUCCUCGCCGGACAUGCAGAGCGACGAGGAAGAGUUUGAGCCCCCGCCACCUCCAAUUGUAACUCGCUUUUUAAACACACGAGCCAUGAAGGAGACCUACAAGGGCUACAUCGAGCUGCUGGUUGGCGUUGCACUGGAUGCUGACAUGAUGCAGAACCUGGAGAAAGACAACGAUGAUGUUCUUCUGCCGCAUAUGAGGAAGAUUGAAGGCAUGCUAAAUGAGAACAGGAGACGACUGCUCACCAAGCUCCAAUUGGAUCAGCCAUUAAAGAACGCCUUGGAAAACUACCCAGAUAUAACCACGAUUAAUCGCGAUGCAAAGGGCAAAUCGGGAGGAGCUGCUGUGUGUAAAAUAAAAGUACAUGGCAAAUGGUACAACAAGAAAACCAUGCGGCCCACGAAGACCGCAGCAAAGCAGACACAGGAGUUCACUGUAGAUCCAGAGAAAUCCCAGCUGUGCUCACUUUAUCACGCACUCCACCAUUACAAAUACCACAUAUAUCUUAUAUGCAAAGACGAGGUUACCUCUGUUCAAAAAUCAAACCGGGACCUACAGCAAGUGGAGCUUAUUAACCACUGCCUGAAAAAAAUGAAGUGGGUGGAGGAUCUCUUUGAAAAAUUUGGCGAACUUUUGAGCCGGGUUCAACAGACAUGUUCUUAAGACCCUGACUUUAACCCACCCGCAUUCGUCUCUGACCCCUGUCCUACCAGUAUAUCACCCCAAGAGCAUUAACAUAUUGAAAGAGGAGACAAAAGACUAAUGUCACUACACAUGUCUGGCUGGCCUCGCAAGACUGCUGGCGAAUGCUUCGUCUCCUAUCCAACAAUGGUGCCCUGGGAAGGAAUAUACGCCCCGGAUCACCGGGGCGACAAACAGCACGUUUUACCCAUUUUUAUUUUUAUCAUUGAUUUUUUCUUUUUUUUUCUUUUCUUUUUUUUUCUUUUCCCCCUCUGGCAAAAUGAUACAGCAUGCACUAAAAAUAUAGAAUGACCUUCUUUAUUACCUAUAGCGUUAACACUUAAACUGCUUUACUACAGUUUUUUGUUUUUCCUGCCUCUAAAAAUUCUUCCUCCUCUCCAUCCCCCAGUUUUUCUUCCAUGCUCAAGGAUAAAUAAAAAAAAUAAAAACUGAAAGAAAAAAAAAAGGUUCAAGGUGGAGGUACAAGAACAAUAUUUGCAAUUUAAUUUCCAGACCACCGCAUUUAGAAUAUUGUACAUUUUGUAAAAGAGAGUUUUGCGAUCCAUCAAUAUAAGAUAGCCGCCGUGAUAAAACCAGUAGAAACGGAAUCAUUAUGCUUUACGGACUCCUCUUACAAGUUCCUUUUUUUUUGUUCAGGAGACUGAACGCGGAGUUGGUGCAAUCCUUUGACUGCUUUUUUUUGUGUCAAAUUAUAUUGUAAUGGAUAAAAAAAAUUACAUUAACUAUUUUCCCUGUUUUGAAGAAAGCUAUUUUCCUUUAUACUGUGUUUUUUCUUUAAAAAAAAAAAAAAAUUUCAAUUGUACAUUUUAUCUCACGAAUAGUUGUAUUUUUCACAGAGAAAAUAUUGUGGUUAAAAUUCUGUUUCCUGGAUCUUUGUAAUAAUACACCUCCCGUUGUCUCUCGGUAAAUCCUCUUCAUCUCCAUGUUGAUUUCAGAUUGUAUGCAAUAUCUUUAAGCAAUGCUUCUCUUCCCCCUCCACCUAGUUGUUAGCUACAGUUUUAACCGCCAUAUGUAAAGCGGGUUACCUAUAGUUUUUACAAUGUAGACAAUGCAACCAAUUUUCUGAUCCUUGGAAAUAAAUUACUUACUUAACAUGUAUUCGAUGAAUGGAGCAUUGAUUACAAAAAACCUCUGCAAUAUGUUUUAGUUUGAGACCUUUGUCCCGCCAUGUACCCAAUCAUAACAUGCUGAAUGUAUAUACUACUAAACCUUAUAUAGGUUGAUUCAAUAUUAAAAUAUCUUGGUACAAUGCA